CUCAGUCCGAGUUAGCAGCCUGAGGGGUAGCUUAACUUGCUAGUGUUUAAAACUUAUUUAUCCGCCGCCGUAACUUAACCUGUGUAUAUUUCGUCAACCGCAAGUUAUCCUGUCACAAUGAAAACACUAGCAAUAUUCUGUGCAGUACUAGCAUUAGCAUCUGCUUACGACCAAUCGAACAUCGUAGGGGCCAGGAUAGAGACCUGUCGUGGAUGCUCGUUGAACCGACUUCCUCAAGUGAAGCAGUUCGUGAUGGAAGACGCGCCCCUGUAUGAACAUGUAGAAGUUAAGUUCAUCACUGGCGCGGCGCCUGAGGUAGUGCUACUUGGUGAAAACGACCAUGAACUGGAGAGGCUGCCACUCUCCCACAUGGAUCGCAAGGAGUGCAAUCAGCUUCUUGAGGAAAGGGGGUUCGUAAAAAAAGAAAAGAAAUCAGAGUUCUAAUUUGUGGUUUAGGCCCACAGAGGUGUAAAAAAAAUACGAUUGAAGGUCACAUAAAAAAUGGAUACAGUGGAUUAAUGCCCAAACAAUUUAAAAAAAGCUAGAUUGAAAUAUGUGCUGUAAGUUUUACUAUUUACUACAUUCCAUGUGUGAAAUGGUAUAUGAAGCAAUAUAUAGUAUUAACUUGUAGCUAAUUUUGCCUAUUAUGAUGGAAAUAGUCUUCUACAAUUAGUACAAAUUUAUGUUUAGUUCAUAGGAAAUAUCUGUAAUAAUGAGGAAUCUUGUCUGCCAUUACUAUUAAGUAUCAGUGUUUCAUGGCCACUGACAAAGCUAGAAUUGUAAAAUAAUAAACAGGUUUUCACAAGA